UGGACGAUGAUCAGUCUUGUUUAAUAUGUGUUAGCCAUGACAUACAUGGACCAUCAUCAUUAUUUCUAGAACACCUAUUGUCAAUUGAAUUGUCAUGGCGUCAUCGGAUUUUGUCAGAGACAUAUUAACAAAGUGGGACCUCAGUCAAUGGAUUAAAAAUUUUGAAGAGGAAGAAAUAGAUGAAGAAGGUUUUCUCUUACUCGAAGAGAAAGAAUUCAUUAACUUGAUCCCAAAAAUAGGACCACGGACAAAAUUUGCUCACAAACACAAACUUCUAAAGGAACAGAACAAACACAGCAAUGUUGAUGAGAACUUUGAAGUGGCCACGACGUCAACAGCUUCCAUUAACGCAGCCAAGAGUUCCUCAGGAAAUGUACUUUUUACCUAUAACUAUUUACAUUAAUCCUCACCCCUAAAGGACAUAUUUUAUAUUACAAAGCACAAUUAUUAUUUAGAUCAACCUACACACCUUUGUAUGAUCGUAGUUCUCCAAAUAGCUAUAUCACAAAGAUACAACAAGUCAUGUAAAUAACCUCAUCUGCAGGAUGAUUUCCUCUUUGAUUGUGGGAAGGCCACAUAAUACACAUUGCAAUUUUUUUAUAUUAAUGUUUGUGCAUGAAGGCAUUUCUAUCACCAUCUCACAUAAUAAGGAUUACAAUUUCAGAAAUAUUGCAACAUCACACAGGACUUAACUGAUCACGUUUUAUUCCAUUAAGAGGAUGGAUGUUUUUGUUUGUGUUGUAAGUUUUGUAAAAUGAUGCCUUCACCAUGAUGAUCAUUUACUUGUUUCUUCAGAGUAUUCCCUCAACCAGUGUGGAUAAACUUCUUUCAGAGAAAAGGAAACAUGAGGUAGCCAAUGCAAACAUGCCAAGAAAGAAGCAGAAGAGUAGGGAUGCAUCCAUCAAUCUACCUCCAAUGUUUGUCAGUGAACAAAAGGCAGAGGUGAGGAAGAUAAUGCAAAGAGUCAGAGGCAAGCUGGAUGGAAUGCCUUCUACAAAACUUACCAACUUCCUCAGAAGUAAAAUUGAUGUGUUGGAUGAAGACCGAAAAGAGAUGGUGGGUGUUUUUGGGAAGACUGGAGCUGGUAAGAGCUCCUUAAUAAACGCCAUCUUGGGUAAGACGAAACUGCUUCCUUCUGGAAACCAAGGGGCAUGUACCUCAGUGAUGAUUCAGGUGGAGGCCAAUAUGAUUAAUGAGAAAUACAUCGCGGAGAUUGAAUUCAUUACAGUGCAGGAUUGGAAAGAUGAGCUAUGGUCAAUCUUACGAGUCAAAUCUGGUGAGGAGGAAGAGGAUGAAGACAAGGAAAUUGAUGUCGAGGAUGGUGACGAUGAUGAUCAUGAUAAGAUAAAAGCUUUGUAUGGAAAAGAGGGACAUGGAAAAAAUGUAGAGGAACUAAUGGAUAAGAAGCUCUUCGAAAUUCCUGAAUUUUAUUCAUCAUGCAAAAAAAAAAUUUUUUGUGACACAGCUGAAGAACUGUCUAAAAAGAUAGCUUGCUACGUACUGAGUGACUCAAACAGUGAUACAUUUGAAAGAAUGUACUGGCCGCUUGUGAAAUGUUUAACAGUCAAGGUGCCAAACUGUAAAGACCUACUGGAGCAUGUUGUGUUGGUGGAUCUUCCAGGAAAUGGAGACUGCAACAAGAGCAGAGAUACGAUGUGGAAGUCGUUUGUAGGGAACUGCUCAGUGGUUUGGAUUGUGAGCGACAUUUCACGAGCAAUUUCAGAAAAGGAAUCUUGGGAGAUUUUAGACAGCACUGUUAGCCUCAUUGGACCUGGUGGAGAAUGUAGAAGCAUCAGCUUCAUCUGCACCAAGACGGACGACAUUGAGGAGAGUGCAAAGGAUAAUGCUCGCUCCAUUAUUUUGACCAGAAAUGAAAUUACCAAGAAAAAAGUGAGAGAAAAAUUCAACAAACAAAAAGAUGUAAAGAAACACUUCAGUGAUGCAGAUGGUUUCUUUAAGGUGUUUACUGUAAGUUCCAAGAAAUACAACAUGGAAAAACAGAGUGAACUGGAUGAAAAAGCAGAGGAGUGGUUGAAUGCCCUUUAUGAUACAGAAAUACCUCACCUUCAAGAAGUUCUCAGAAAUCUCAAUGAUCAUCACACAAGGACAUCAGAUUAUAUUUCUGGAGUGGAUGGGAUCCUCUCUCUGAUACAGGCAGCCAGAAACACGACAGACAGCAAAGAAGAGGUGUGCAAGGUUUUGAAACAGAGGCUUGAACACAACCUUAAAUCCAUUGUUCACUACAUGGAAAAGCCUUAUAAUGCUUUCGACCAAUGUCUCUCCAAAGGAGUUCAGCAGUCAGAAGAUUCAUGCGACACAUUAAUGAGUGAAGUCUGGAAAUCAUGUGGUGGACAAUAUGGAAUAGUGAGGUGUUUAUGCGAGAAUAAUGGCAUUUACAAACCAAAAGGGAAAAAGAAAAAGCGGAAGGAAAUUAACGUCAAUGAGAGUUUAGCCUCAUGCAUGAGAACUUGCAUUGAUGAAGAGUUUACAUAUUUUUUCCCAAAUGACAAAUGUGGCCCAAUCAGGAAAAAGAUUGAAGACUUCACCCUUGACACAAACAGCUUGGUUGAGAAGCACAAGAGUGUGUCACUGCAUCUGAAAUUCCUUAAUACAGAGGAAAAAAGGUUGAAGACACAACUAAUCCGUGACCUGCUUGACAAAAAGAAACAGAUAUACUUCACUCUACCUGACUCGAUCAAGAACUCUAUGCAUGUAUCCUAUACAAAUGCAUCAAAUAAUAAAGGAAAAGGUUCUCUGCAAAGGAUGAAAGAUGAGCUACAUCUGAACAUAAAGAAAGCAAAUAUUUUCCGGAAGGCCAAGCAAGAUAUGAUGGAUGGUUUAACUAGACUGAAGGAUCACAUGGUGAUGCAGCUGAGGUAUAAACUAGAAGAAUCAAUCAGGAUGUCACUCCAGACUCCCAACAGCUUGUUCCUCCCAGAUGUCACUGAGGAUUAUAACAAGAUUAAGGACCUGAUGGCUCGCUCUUGCGUAAUACCAGUCACUACAAUAUUGGAUCCUCAAGCAAACAGAGUUUAGCGGGACAGAAGGAUGUGGAGAUCUGGUUACCAGUCUACUAGCUGCCACCACCCCCUUUUCCAUCAUCAACCCCAGACUGUUGUUGUCAUUACACACAGUCACCACACACAUCUGUUCCCCAUUCCAUCAUCAUCUUGUGUAUAUCUGUUCCCUCUGAUCCAUUUGUCCUUGUGCUCUAUUGUCUCAUAUCGUGAGUUAAGUGUUGGACUUCUGAACAGCUAACUACUGUUCAGAUGUCUGAUUUAGUUACAUAUGUUUUAAGCAUGGUUGGAAAGCACCAUGUCUUUAAAACCCCUAUCAGAUGGUUGCGUGACAUUCCGAAGCUUCAAACGUCAUUAAUCAUGUGGUAUUGUUGCUCAGAUGCAAACCUCGGGCCUUUCACUUCGGGCAGAGUGGGUUAAAAUUUCAAAGCAAUCCUCACGCGUCGGCUUCACGCGUCUCAUCACAACUGCUUUCAACCCACAUGAUAUAAUAAUUUCAAUCAUCUCAAUUAAAACAUUUGAAGCACAUCUAUUUUUUUUAUAUGCAGAUGGACAGUGGUACAUUGGACAAUUUUCUGGUCCAGCCAUUACAUACUGAGGAAAAAUCUAAUAUGGCAAACUCUAGUUGUUUACCAAAGUUUCCAUUUAUUUGUUCUGGUACCUUUACUUUAUUGGGAUACGAGGUCUCUUUUAAAUCAAUGUAGAAUGUUAUGUUACAUUGUGGCUGGCUAUGCUAUUGCUAUGUUAUUUUCUUUCACAUGAAUUAUUGAAAAAUGAAAAAAUAUACAUUAUUAUGAAUCGCCUAACACAUG